GCAACAAAAUAUAUUUAUAUUUUCUUGAGAGGUGCAGAAGAUUGUAAACUUUCUGUUUUUUUUUUGUGACACCUAAUUAGGAAAUGCGAAUAUGAAACCUGGACUCUAUGGGGAUUUGGGGGAAUUAGGAGAUGAUGACGAUGAUCAGACAUCGGGCAUUACUGAAAUGCCUGAUUUUUCAGAACACAGAGUUAUUUAUUUGAAUGCUCUUCAAAAACAAAAAUAUUGUAAUAACAGAAUAAGCACUGCAAAAUACAACGUCUUUUCAUUUUUACCCAAGUUCCUGUUUGAACAAUUCCGACGCUAUUCAAAUAUCUUUUUUUUGUUUAUAGCUCUCCUUCAGCAAAUACCUAAUGUUUCACCUACUGGUCGUUAUACAACAGGCGUCCCUUUGAUUUUCAUUUUAAGUAUAUCUGCCAUCAAAGAAAUUGCAGAAGAUAUUAAACGUCAUCUUGCGGAUGAUGGAGUAAACAAAGCUAAAGUGCAAAGCUUAAAACAUGGUCAUUGGACUUGGGUUACAUGGACAGAUGUUCAAGUUGGUGAUAUUUUAAAACUUACUAGUGGUCAGUUUUUUCCAGCUGAUAUAGUCUUACUAUCUUCAAGUGAACCACAUGCAAUGUGCUACAUUGAAACUGCCAAUUUGGAUGGAGAAACAAAUCUAAAAAUUAGACAGGGUCUUCCUCAAACGUCUCAUUGGCUGACUCCUCGAGAUUUAGGUUGUUUAUAUGGAACUUUAGAAUGUGAGCCCCCCAAUAGACAUUUAUAUGAGUUUACUGGAAAUUUAAGAAUAGCUGGGAAACAAACACUGCCUUUAGGAGCUGACCAGCUACUAUUACGAGGAGCUAAACUACGAAACACAAAUUGGGUUUUUGGUGUUGUUGUUUAUACUGGACAUGAAACAAAAUUGAUGAUGAAUUCCACUACUGCCCCUUUAAAAAGAUCUACUGUGGAUAAAAUAACAAACAACCAGAUUCUAAUGUUAUUCCUGUUACUCAUACUUUUGUGCCUUAUCAGUGCCAUAGCUAGUGAAUUAUGGACAAAAAAGCAUGCCCUUUCUGAUUGGUACUUGGGUAUUGAUGAUCUUACCAGCUCAAAUUUUGGCUACACUUUUCUAACAUUUAUCAUUCUCUACAAUAAUCUGAUACCUAUUAGUUUGCAAGUGACCUUGGAGCUAGUUCGAUAUAUGCAAGCUAUUUUCAUAAAUAUGGAUAUUCACAUGUAUGAUGAAAAAAGUAAUACACCUGCUAUGGCUAGAACGUCGAAUUUAAAUGAAGAACUAGGGCAAGUAAAAUACAUUUUCUCUGACAAAACCGGGACUUUAACAGAAAAUAUAAUGGAAUUCAAGCAGUGUUCAAUAGCUGGUGUCAAAUAUGGGGAUCCUGAGAAAGAUUUUGACAGAGAUGUCUUGAUUCAAAAUUACCUAAGUGGCCAUGCCACAGCUCCUUACAUAAGGGAAUUUUUAACUUUGAUGGCUGUUUGUCAUACUGUCGUUCCUGAAAAAGAUUCACAAUCCGAUGACGUACAAUACCAAGCAGCCUCUCCAGAUGAAGGAGCACUUGUAAAAGGAGCAAAAAAUUUAGGUUUUGUGUUUACAACAAGAACACCUGAGUAUGUCAUUAUAAAAGCUUUGGAUGAAGAAGAAGAGUAUGAAAUUCUGAAUGUUUUAGAAUUUAAUAGUGAUCGUAAAAGAAUGUCUGUAAUUGUUCGAUGUCCGAAUGGGAAAAUAAAGCUUUACUGUAAAGGAGCUGAUACAGUGAUAUAUGAAAGGUUAAGUGAACAGACACACAACAAGGAUAUAACUCUUGAGCAUUUAAAAGAUUUUGCUAGUAGUGGUUUGAGAACAUUGUGCCUUGCCGUGGCUGAAAUUUCACCAGACUUUUAUGAUGAAUGGAAAGAUACCUACCAUAAAGCUAGCACAGCUAUUCAGUAUCGAGAAAGAAAAAUGCAAGAAGCAGCUCAACUUAUCGAAACUAAUUUAAUUCUACUUGGUGCCACAGCUAUUGAAGAUAGACUUCAAGAGGGUGUUCCUGAAGCAAUUUCGGAUCUCCUAAAGGCUGAUAUCAGGUUCUGGGUAUUGACUGGAGAUAAACAAGAAACUGCAAUUAAUAUUGGUUAUUCAUGCAAAUUACUUACCCAAACUAUGGCUCUGUUAGUAAUCAAUGAAAACAGCUUAGACAACACUCGGGAAGCUAUUCGACGACAUACCCAAGAUUUUGGGGAUUUGCUCAGAAAAGAACAUGAUGUUGCUCUGAUUGUUGAUGGCAAAACUUUGAAAUAUGCAUUGUCUUCUGAUGUUCGAAGGGAUUUUGUGGAUAUUGCUAUGUCCUGCAAAAGUGUUAUUUGCUGCAGAGUUUCUCCAAUACAAAAAGCUGAAAUUGUGGAUAUGGUUCAUAUGGCUACUCAUUCUGUGACUUUAGCUAUUGGAGAUGGAGCAAAUGAUGUAGCUAUGAUUCAGUCUGCUCAUGUUGGUAUUGGAAUAAGUGGAGUGGAAGGUUUACAAGCUACUUGCGCCUCUGAUUAUUCAAUUGCUCAGUUUCGUUAUUUGACUCGUCUCUUGUUUGUCCAUGGAGCUUGGAGUCAUGCACGAUUAUGCAAGCUUAUUUUAUAUUCCUUUCACAAAAAUAUCUGUUUAUAUGUCAUAGAGCUAUGGUUUGCAAUAGUCAGUGGCUGGUCUGGUCAAACUCUUUUCGAACGGUGGACGAUCGGCUUAUAUAAUGUGAUAUUUACAGCUGCUCCGCCGUUGGCUAUAGGUUUGUUCGACCGUACCUGUAGUGCAGAAACCAUGCUUAAAUUUCCUGCUUUGUAUAAAACAUCACAGUCAUCAGAAUUCUUUAAUGUUCAAGUUUUUUGGGUUUGGAUUUUUGAUUCAAUUGCUCAUUCUAUACUAUUGUUUUGGCUAACAUACUUGAGUGUUGAUCAUGAUAUUGUUUGGGCUAACGGAAGAGAUGGUGGCUAUCUUCUUUUUGGAAACAUGGUUUACACUUUUGUGGUGAUAACUGUUUGUAUGAAAGCUGGUUUAGAAAUGAAUGCUUGGACAUGGCUUACUCAUUUGGCCAUUUGGGGAAGUAUAGCUAGCUGGUUUAUUUUCUUGUGGGGUUAUAGCAAUAUGUGGCCAACUUUUCCUAUUGCAGCAGAUAUGGUUGGCAUGGACCAAUUUUUAUUGUCAUCAGGAGUAUUUUGGAUGGGUGUUAUAAUUAUUCCAUUUUUUACUCUCCUUGGAGAUUUUAUCUUUAAAGUGUUAAGAAGAUCAGUAUCUAAAAGCUUAGCAGAAGCAGUUCGAGAAAGUGAAAUUGCAAAAGCUGAUCCUGCCACAGUUAUUGUACAUGCAACAAGACAGAGACUUACUGAGACUGCAAGAUUGUUGAAGAAUGUAUUUAGGAGGCCAUCAUCACAUGUAUCUACUGUUCCUUUAGAGAUGGAACUUCAGCAGACGUAUGCGGAAAAUAGACUUUUUAAUGUUUGGGAAAGUUUGAUUUCUAGUGUUUCUGAAAUGCAUGGAUUUGCAUUUUCUCAAGAAGAACAUGGUGCUGUACCUCAGGCUGAAUUGAUUCGUGUUUAUGAUACAACCAAAACAAAACCACAGGGGAUCUGAGGGUCACCAUUAUAUUUGUAUACUAUGAUACUGCUGCCACACUCUGUUUGAAACUUAAUGUUCAUCAAUUCACUCUUGAGCAAGAAAGAGUUUUGGUCUCGUGGCAUACUUGGCAAAUAAAAUUUUUCAUGUAAUAGAUGCACUUUUUUUAUACUGAUAAGAAAAUGUGUAUUGAAAAUGUAUUAUUUCUGCAGAAUUUGAAAUUGCCAAAUUUCAUAGACUAUAUUGUUUCAUUUAUUAAAACCUAUGAAAAAAGUUGUUUGUUAACUAAUUAUUAAUUUUAUUAUAACAGAAUAUAAAAUUUACUCUUAAGUUAUUACAUUUUGCAUCGCUGAAUGUGUGCUUUUAAAUUUAAAUGUCAGGAUAAAUAUAUAUUAGAUAUAAAAUAAUGCAUUUAAUGCAAGUCCCAAACUGAAACUAAUGUGUGGCAUUUACUGUGAUAUCUAGUCGGGUUUAUUUCUUUAUAUGUUAUAAAAUGUUUUAUAAUCAGCAGUUGUGACAUUAUAUAAAUAUAUUUAAUUUAUUGUUGCUCAUUUGAUAGAAGUAUUAUGAUGUGUUUGUUUGUCAUAUUUAAUCUGCAUAUCAAUGCUUUAUAUGUAGUGAAUGUUCAUUAUUGUUAUUUUUGUCCUCAAAAAGUGUCGUCUGUAUUAAGAAAACAUUGUCAUUGUCUCAAAUGUUAUUCUUGUAGGCAGAGAAUGUGUGUUACAGUUUUCACUUGAUCGUGUUAAUAUUACUUAUGCUAAUCAUCAAAUGAAUCAGUUUUGUCCUUCAAUGUAGCUUACUGAUUAAUCAACCUUCUUAUUGCAAAUAUCACAUUAUUAAGUUUAAUCAUUUACUGUAAAACUUUUAGAGUUAUAGGAACGGGAUUCCAUCGUUAACUGUUUUUUUAUGAAUAUGGGGAUAAAAUAUGUUGUUUUUAUGUAUAUUUUAUUAGCAUAUAAAAUUUUUUUAUAUAUUUUAAUACUUGGUUAUUAAAUAACAGAGUAAGUUUCAAAAAUGUCUCUUAGUUCACCUGCACUUGUCUUUUUUAAAAAAAACUGAAAUUAAAAAACUUUUUUAACCAAUUGGAAUCCAAUUUAUUUAAAUACCAGACUCAGAGGAAACAGCUAAAUUAAAAGCUGGUAAGGUUUUGGUUAAAGAUUAUUGUUUUUGUUUUUUUAUGUAAGUGAUUAGUUACUAAAUCAAAUUUAAUACCUACUUUAUGUUAUCUCUUUCUGAAAUAAACUGAUUGCAGCAUACUUAUGCCACCACUUAUUAUUUAUUUGAAAUAAAUGUGUGUCUAAUUCAUCAAAUGAUGCCAUUGAGUUAAUGUGACAUAUUUUAACCUCAAAUUCCCAAAUUAAUAGCACUAAGUUUCUGUCAAAUAUCUGCCAUUCACCAAUAGAAUUUUUUUUUUUUUAUGUUGUCCCAAAUAACAAAACAUAAUAAAAAUCAAUAAUUUUGUGUUGCAAAUUGUAUUUGUUUGUAGCUUAAAUUCUCUUUUCUGUAGUGUUUGUUUUGUUAAGCAUAUAUUAAUGUAUACAAUUAAAAAUUUGUAUUUAUUAUGCAAAACAUCUCCUUUUAAAACGUUAAAGAACUGGAUACAGUAUUUUAUCAUUAUAACAAUAUUUUUAUACACCUUUAAAUCUAAAGGUGAUUUUUACACUCGUAUUCUACGAUCUUUACCAUUUUUAACCAAAUCUACAUCAUCAGUGGUGCAAUAGCUUCCUAUUUCAUGGGAAUAUGCUUAGUUUCUUGUAUUUUCAUGUACAGAUUUCAAAAUUAGAAAAUAAGCAUUAAAUAUAUUGCGUGAAGUAAUCUAAAAAUUUCUGCAAUGCAAUGUAAAUGUUGACAUAUCGCUAAUGCAAGAAACGAUACUUGGGUUUUUGUUCAAGUGGUUAAAAUAUCAUAGAAAGUUUUGUACUUGCAUUAUUUAAUAACUCUUAAAAGUUUAAAAAGUGUUAAGCAUUUAAAAGAAUUUAAACUUCAAUCGAAAUAUUUGGUAUAUAUAUAUAUAAUUUUAUUUGGAUCUUUUGUUGGAUUGUUUGAAUUAUGUGUUAAAUAUCAAAAUACUUGUAUUUUCUUAAUUUGUUAACGGGUCAAUUGUAAAAAGUAAUUAAAUUUAAAGAUGGAUACAAUAAAAAAAUUCAGAAAAUAGGUUUGGUAUUAAAUUGAAAUAGCACACUGAAAAGUGUUGUACAAGCUCAAAAGUAAUAUGAUGGAAAAUUUUGAAAGAAUAUUGUAUUUUCAAAAUAUACAAUAUCUUGUGAAAGAUUUUUAAAAUGUUUGUUUUAGAUUUUAAUUAAACCUCUUUCAAGACAAUUUUAGGUUUUAAAAAAAUGCUUGUUUGAACCAAAAUUUAAAAAAGAAAUGUUUAUUCUCUUUUAAUCUGUUAUCCAGUUAAAUCUUAUCUGGAAAAAAACUACCGAAACAAUCUAAACUGCACAUUGUAGUUACAUAAGUAGAUACAUUAAUAUGUUUAAUUAGAGUAAGCGUUCUUCAGUUUGUAAUUAAAAUUUAUUAAAGAUUUGUUGUGUUAAAAAAUAUUUGAUUUUUUGUAAAUUAAUUUAUAUAUUUCAAAACAUCACAUUUUUAGAAACGCUAUAUUUGAAAAGAAAAAAAAUUCUACCUACCUUAUCACUGUUCAUCAAAAAGGUCAUUCUAUAAUAUUUUUAUUUAUUUAUUAAUAAACUAUUCUUUAACAAUAUAGAGUUAGACAGAAGUCAUACAGAUUUUCACUCGUAUUAUUUUGCUGCUAAUGCCGACGGAGUUUUUUUUUUUAUAUAUAUAUUUUUAUUCGAAUUUGACUUUGAAUAUUCUAAUGUUAUUGUUCAUAGUUAUAUAAAUAUAUCUAAUAUUCAAAUUUAAUUUAUUUCGACUUGUCAUUGUUGAUUUUAGUUUUAAGUUUAUGCAAUUUUUUGUGCUCUAAACUAAUUGUUGUUACUACUGCAAUUGAAUGUAAAUAUUAUAUCUUUGUGUGUGUGUUGAUGUAGAACAAAAUGAUUAGGUACCACUUAUUUUCCAUAUGGUAUUUUUGAAAGUUUAUGCAUCCUCUCUUCUUGUAUCUAGACUUAGAUAAAAAAAGAAUGAAAAAAAAAUCCUUAUUCACCUAUUCUAUCACCUCACUCAUUCUAUAAACAUUCCAUUUUAAUAGUGUAUAAUAAUGUGUGGGUGUUUUUAUAGUUUUUGAGAACAAAAGUAGUUCUUUGUAUCUUUGAUUUGAAUGUAGUGGUAUAGUACUAAUUUUUUUAUUGAAUUUGUUGUCAAUUUAUUUUAUUUUUCACUUGUCUUAUUUUUCCUUAAUGUUUUGAUCAAAUUUUAUGAACAGUUUGUAUUGCUAAUUUUAUGAUCCUUUUGUGCUUCUGAAUUUUUUUAGCAUUUUUUGUUACGAACUGUGUGUGAUUUCACAAAUAGAUGCUUUCUACCAGAUAUAAAAUUAUAAUAAAAAAUCUAAAAGUU